UGAAUGUCGGUUCGUCCAAUAUGCCCCGACAAUUACCAAAACUAGAACAACUUGAGGUUAGUUAUUGUCAAGAGCUAAAAGUAAUAGUAUUGAAGAAUGGGGGGAAAGAAGAAGAAAAAGAAGAAAACAACAAUAAUACCAACUCGUUCCUUCAACUAACGAGUUUGAGACUUGAAGAUUUGCAGAGCCUCAAAAGCUUUUUCACCUCUAGAUCUGAGACACAAUCCCUCUUCACUAGCCAGGUUACAUUCCCUGCCUUGGAGAGAUUGCAAAUUAUAAGACUAACAAAGAUAACAGAGAUAUGGGAUAGCAAAUUACUUCCAUCAGAGUCUUUUCGACAAUUGAGAGACGUGACCAUCCGGAGCUGUGAGAAACUGGUGAAUGUCGGUUCGUCCAAUAUGCCCCGACAAUUACCAAAACUAGAACAACUUAAGGUUAGUUAUUGUCAAGAGCUAAAAGUAAUAGUAUUGAAGAAUGGGGGGGAAGAAGAAGAAAAAGAAGAAAACAACAAUAAUACCAACUCGUUCCUUCAACUAACGAGUUUGACACUUGAAGGUUUGCGGAGCCUCAAAAGCUUUUUCACCUCUAGAUCUGAGACACAAUCCCUCUUCACUAGCCAGGUAUGAAUGUCCUCAUCAGUUUUGGUUGCACAUGACCAGUAAA